GCGGCGGCGCCGCCAUGAAGCGGGACGUGCGGAUCCUGCUCGUGGGGGAGGCCCAGGUGGGGAAGACGUCGCUCAUCAUGGCGCUGGUGGGCGAGGAGUUCCCCGAGGAGGUGCCCGCGCGCGCCGAGGAGAUCACCAUCCCCGCCGACGUCACCCCCGAGAAGGUCCCCACGCACAUAGUGGACUAUUCGGAGUCGGAGCAGACGGAGGAUGAGCUGCAGGAGGAGAUUGCCAAGGCCAACGUGGUCUGCGUGGUGUACGAUGUCACCAAGGAGGCCACCAUCGAGAAGAUCCGUACCAAGUGGAUCCCCAUGGUGAACGGGGGGCUUGAGAAGGGCUCCAGGAUCCCCAUUAUUUUAGUGGGAAACAAGUCUGACUUGCAAGCGGGGAGUUCCAUGGAUGUCAUCUUGCCCAUCAUGAACCAGUUUUCGGAGAUUGAGACUUGCGUGGAGUGCUCUGCCAAGAACCUUAAGAACAUCUCUGAGCUCUUCUACUAUGCCCAGAAAGCUGUGCUGCACCCCACUGCCCCCCUCUAUGACCCAGAGGAGAAGCAGCUGAGGCCUGCGUGUGCACGAGCACUGACCCGGAUUUUCAACCUCUCAGACCAGGAUAAUAACCAGAUCCUUAGCGAUGAUGAACUCAACUACUUCCAGAAGUCCUGCUUUGGAAACCCCCUGGCCCCUCAGGCCCUGGAGGACGUGAAGAUGGUCGUGUGGAAGAACACCACGGAUGGAGUGCAGGACAACGGCCUGACGCUGAAUGGCUUCCUCUUCCUCAACACACUCUUCAUCCAGCGGGGCCGGCAUGAGACYACGUGGACCAUCCUCCGACACUUUGGGUACGACGAUGAGCUGGAGCUGACAGAUGACUAUCUCUACCCGCCGUUCCGCCUGCCCCCCGGCUGCUCCACAGAGCUCAACCACUUGGGCUACCAGUUCCUGCAGCGGCUGUUCGAGAAGCACGACAAGGACCAGGAUGGAGCCCUCUCGUCCACAGAGCUGCAGAGCUUCUUCAGCGUCUUCCCCUGCGUGCCCUGGGGCCCCGAGCUCUACAACACGGUAUGCACCACUGAUAAAGGCCUGCUUUCCCUGCAUGGAUUCCUCUGCCAGUGGACGCUCGUAGCUUACGUGGAUGUCCGGCACUGCUUGGAGUGCCUGGGCUACCUGGGCUACCCCAUCCUCUCGGAGCAGGACUCCCAGACCCAAGCCCUCACAGUAACCCGGGAGAAGAGGAUUGACCUGGAGAAGGGUCAGACGCAGCGCAACGUCUUCCUCUGCAAGGUGCUGGGAGCCAAGGGUGCAGGCAAGUCCGCCUUCCUGCAGGCCUUCCUCGGCAGGAGCCUCGCGGCCCAGAGGGAGAACCGAGGAGAGCCAUCCCUCUAUGCAAUCAACACCGUGCAGGUCAACGGCCAGGAAAAAUACCUCAUUCUGUAUGAGGUCAGUGCUGACACACCGCUCUCCAAGCCGUCGGACGCAGCCUGCGACGUGGCCUGCUUGAUCUAUGACCCGAGUGACCCCCAGUCCUUCAGCUACUGUGCCAGUAUUUAUAAGCAACACUACAUGGACAGCCAGAUCCCCUGCGUCUUUGUGGCCUCCAAGGCAGACCUGCCCGAAGCCGCUCAGCAGCCCGGCCUCUCGCCCACGGAGUUCUGCUACAAGCACUGCCUCCCGCCACCCUUCCCCUUCUCCUGCCACAGCCAAGGCCCGCCUGGCACCGCCGUCUACACCAAGCUGGCCACGGCCGCCACCUUCCCCCACCUGAAUGCCCUGGAGCUGGGAGCCGCCUCCUUCUGGCUCCGCGUGGCCCUGGGGGCCACGGUCACCGCCCUCGUAGGGUUCACCCUGUACCGCCUGCUGGCCAAGAACAAGUGAGGACGGCUCCGCACCCCGGCCUCCCUCCCAGUGCCGCCCCGACAGGGCUCCCGCCCGGAGCUGCUCCCUGCCGGGAAUCCCUCCRGCCUCGCCCGCAGAACCAGCGAUCCCGAAUUCCUGCACCAGCAGGACACACAGCCUGGCAGGGGUGAGGCCCUUUCUGCCGGGGCACCAGGUUCACAGGGCCUCAGAGGGUCGUCACCCACAUCUUUUAUUCUGAUUAUUUUUUUAAUGCUUGUUUUUAUGCUCAGAUGUGUUUGGGGAUCUGUCAGGCUAGGCAUAUCUUUUCCCCACGGAGCCGUGCUGGGCCCUGUUCUGUGGGAGAAGA